GUCGCCUGUAGUGGCGGCGCCGCCUUCGCCGAGUGACUACUCUGAGCUGUGGAUCCGAGGUGUUCCACGUAGACCACGUGUUGGUUAUUUAUUCUGGCUUUAAAUGUGGGCUCCCCCAUAAAAGCCAUGUUCGUGUUAAGAGAAUGGGGUGGCCUCUGAUUCCAAGUCCCGCGCGGAGCAGCUUAAAUUUAUAGUUUGGAAUCGGGUGGUUUUACUGACAUACCUGAACACAGAACCCCAGGUACUUGGAGAGGAACCGGGUCCAGAGGAACUCUACUAUAAAAAUGAGCCCUGCAGAUCCACUAGACGAUGAAGACACAUUUAAAAUCCUGGUUGCCACUGAUAUUCAUCUUGGAUUUAUGGAGAAAGAUGCAGUUAGAGGAAAUGAUACAUUUGUGACAUUUGAUGAAAUUUUAAGACUUGCCCUGGAAAAUGAAGUGGAUUUUAUUUUGUUAGGUGGUGAUCUUUUCCAUGAAAACAAGCCCUCAAGGAAAACCCUGCACAGCUGCUUGGAGCUGCUUAGGAAGUACUGUAUGGGUGACCGCCCUGUGCAGUUUGAGAUCAUCAGUGACCAGUCAGUCAACUUUGGUUUUAGUAAGUUUCCAUGGGUGAACUACCAGGAUGGCAAUCUCAACAUUUCCAUUCCAGUAUUUAGUAUCCACGGCAACCAUGAUGAUCCCACAGGGGCAGAUGCCCUCUGUGCCCUGGAUGUUUUAAGCUGUGCUGGGUUUGUGAAUCACUUUGGACGGUCAAUGUCGGUGGAGAAGGUUGACAUUAGUCCGGUUCUGCUGCAGAAAGGAAGCACAAAACUCGCUCUGUACGGCUUAGGCUCCAUUCCAGAUGAAAGGCUCUAUCGGAUGUUUGUCAAUAAAAAAGUAACAAUGUUGAGACCAAAGGAAGAUGAGAACUCAUGGUUUAAUUUAUUUGUGAUUCAUCAGAACAGGAGUAAACACGGAAAUACCAACUUCAUCCCAGAGCAGUUUUUGGAUGACUUCAUCGACCUUGUUAUCUGGGGCCAUGAACAUGAGUGUAAAAUUGGCCCAACCAAAAAUGAGCAGCAGCUCUUUUAUGUGUCUCAGCCUGGAAGCUCAGUGGUGACGUCCCUUUCCCCUGGAGAAGCUGUGAAGAAACAUGUAGGCUUGCUGCGCAUUAAAGGGAAAAGGAUGAACAUGCAGAAGCUGCCUCUCCGCACGGUGCGCCAGUUCUUCAUGGAAGACGUGGUUCUGGCUAAGCACCCAAACCUGUUCAACCCUGACAGCCCCAAGGUGACCCAGGCCAUCCAGAGCUUCUGUUUGGAGAAGAUUGAAGAAAUGCUUGACAAUGCUGAGCGGGAACGGCUGGGGAAUCCUCAGCAGCCGGAGAAGCCUCUUAUCCGGCUACGGGUGGACUAUAGUGGAGGCUUUGAACCUUUCAACAUUCUUCGUUUUAGCCAGAAGUUUGUGGAUUGGGUCGCUAACCCAAAAGAUGUCAUCCACUUUUUCAGGCACAGGGAACAAAAGGGAAAAACAGGAGAAGAGAUCAACUUUGGGAUGCUCAUCACAAAACCUGCUUCAGAAGGAACAACGCUUAGAGUAGAAGACCUCGUAAAACAGUAUUUCCAGACUGCAGAGAAGAAUGUUCAGCUCUCACUUUUGACAGAACGAGGGAUGGGUGAAGCAGUUCAAGAGUUUGUGGACAAGGAAGAGAAAGAUGCUAUCGAGGAAUUAGUGAAGUACCAGCUGGAGAAGACACAGCGGUUUCUUAAGGAGCGCCAUAUCGAUGCUCUGGAAGACAAGAUUGACGAGGAGGUCCGACGUUUCAGAGAAAGCAGACAGAGAAAUACCAACGAGGAAGACGAUGAAGUUCGAGAGGCCAUGAGCAGAGCCCGGGCCCUCAGAUCACAGUCAGAGAACUCCACCUCAGCGUUUAGUGCUGAGGACCUGAGUUUUGAUGCAGCGGAGCAGACAGCAAAUGACUCUGAUGAUAGCCUGUCAGCAGUGCCUACCAGAGGCCGAGGCCGAGGCCGAGGGCGAAGAGGAGGCCGAGGGCAGAGCUCUGCAUCCAGAGGAGGCUCUCAGAGAGGCCGAGACACUGGGCUGGAGAUCACUGCUCGAGGCAGGAGCUCAAAGGCCACCUCAUCAACAUCCAGAAACAUGUCCAUUCUAGACGCUUUCAAAUCUACCCGACAACAGCCUUCCAGAAAUGUAGCCACUAAGAAUUACUCAGAGACCAUCGAGGAGGAUGAAUCUGAUGAAGGUGACAUUUUUCCUACCAGUUCCAGGACUGAUCAAAGGUGGUCAGGCACAACAUCUAGCAAACGGACGUCCCAGAGCCAGACAGCCAAAGGGGUGGACUUUGAAUCAGAUGAGGACAAUGACGAUGACCCUUUCAUGAGCAGUAGUUGCCCAAGAAGAAAUCGAAGAUAAUGUUUUUAAUGGAACUUAGAAAUUGCAUGAUGCAGGAGAAAUCAAAGCACCACAUACUGACUUCACGGCUGAAGAUGUUUUAUUGGAGCCACUGACUAAGGAGCCUGAAAAGUCUGGGUUUAUAUUUUAUUGUUUCCUGAACGGUGGCUCCCUUAAGCCAUUUCCUAGCCCAGUGAUAAGGAGAUUGCAGCUCAUCUUAGCCUUUAACUUGGUUGUUGUCGUUGUCUGGGGCUGCUUUGAGAAUGUCAAAUAUUGAGAAUGUCAACUUCCUGACAGAACUGUGUUUUCUGCUUGUAAGAACUUGGCUAAAAUCCCAUUUGUAAAUGAUGAUUAGAGAAAACCCCUCUGUUGUUCAUUUCUGCUUCAUGAGCAGAGACUGUCAGCUGCUGUGCCACAGCUAGCAGUUGAUGGGAAAGCUUACAGACUUGAGCGGUAUGUGCUGUAAUCAUUUCCUAUAUCAUUUCCAGAAAGCAAGGCCCUCCUGUGUGUGGAGCAACCUGAGCACCCUGCUUGUUAUCAAGUGUGUGGAUUUCAGGGCUUGCUAGGGGACCAUCUACUAGGACCAGAAGGGCCUUAUAUUUAAAUAAUUAGUAGUAGGUUUUUGUUAAGAACACUUUGGCUCUUUUGGUUUUGAUUUUUAUUCAUGUUAUAGCAGAGAUUCAGAUCCUGUUCCCAUUGGGCAGUAGUCAUUUUCUUGAUGGCUCUGCUCUAUCAAUAAUGACAAGUUCUUUUUCUUUCUUGUGUACUUGUCAGGGAGAAAAGGCUAAUAGAUUUUUUUUUCUGUUUUCUUAAAAAUACUGGAAAGCUUUUAGGCAAAGCAGCCAGCUGACCUUGUGAUUAGCUCAGGCUGCCAUACUGCAGCAGUACAGCUCCUGCCAGUGCUGGUGCCAGACCUCCUCGACCAGCAGCACUGUACCCUGGCUUCAGUUGCUGUAAACAUCUCUGAGUCGAUGAUCCCAGAACUGACCGAAACAGCACACUUAUAUUUUCUUACUUGUUUUAGGAAGGAAAUAAACAUGUUACCCCUUGAGAGUUGAGUUAAAUAAUCUCAUCCCCUCUGCCACACUCUAAAAACCUCUGCUGGUCUUAAAGGCAAGCGUGUUCAAACACUCUUUGAUAAAAUCUGGGCCCUCUAGCAUGACAGCAUGAUGUUCAUCAUAGUUGUAGACACCAGUGCUUGGGCCAAGCAGUGUUCAUGACCAUCAAAUUAAUCCUGUCUGUAACUUGCCAAGUUUUUGAAGCCCAGCACCUGACAGUACCACCACGUCUUGAAAGUGGUUUGAGUUAGAAUUAUAAUUCAGUGCUAAUGAGCUGCUUAGAACAAGCUUUGUAACUGAUGUGAGCACAGGGUUGUCAGCAGGGAUUACUGAUAGCAGAAGGCCUGGUCCUGUGAGAUCCCUUCAGGUAGUUCUCAACACCCUCCAUCUUAAUCACAUUAAACCUGAAGUGUUCCCAGGGUUUGAAUGGAGAUUAAGUGAGGGGCUCGGUGAAAUGGAGGCUAGUGGGAGGUGGUACUCCUUGACCCACUGAGUUGUGGCCAGCAUUUGGUGGUGCCUUGUCUUGUGUACCAGUGAGAUGCUCCUAGGUGGGUGACAGUGAGGUUGGUCACUAAAGUCCCUGACAGGCUCCUGGAAAGGUUAGCAAGGCUUUUCCUCCAUUAAAAAAACCUCAGCUAGAGUAUAAAAUGAUGCUGCUAGCUGCUAGGGAAGUGAGUGUGGAAAGCUACCAUGUGAAUAGCAUACAGCAUAACCUAGCAGUAUGGGAAGUACACAGGGGAAAUAGUGUUGAUUUAAGGUCAUUGUGUAAUCAAUGGACCACAAAGUUUUCUGGGGUUUGUUUAGUUCUGGCAUUGGUUCCUUGGUGACAGUUUUCAGGCCUGUGGGUGUCAGCUGGAUGAAGUCUUGGGACCUGGAAAGUUGUUCUUCAAACACAGGUUUCUGAGAGGGAGUGCACAGGUUCAGAAAAUAAAGACUAUAGGAACGCUGGGCUCAGGGAGUCUUGCAGAGCUGUCUUUAUGCCGGACAGGUUUCUUUAGAAGUACAUCUUAUAUAGUGUGUUAUGGGGAAAUAGGACAGAAGCAGAAAGUUACCAUGCAGUGGGAUGAAGCCCAGGAAGCUAAUCAAGCCAUGUUGCACAAGGGUACCAUGGGAUAUCUCAAGGGCAUCAUAGACUGAGCACACAGUGGCCUUGGAACUGAUGAAUUCAGUCUCUUCAGAGGGAAAAGAUAAGUUCUCAGGAACCAAAAUCUUAACUCCAACAAGGCCAUAGCCCCAGCCCAGAGCUUGCCAAGUAGGCCUUGGGUGAGGAGACAGAACUGAGCGCUCUUGUCCUCUCAUGGAGCAUCUUGAGAAAGCCUUGAAUCGGCCCGACUCCCAACAGCCUUCCAGAUGAUUUUUGAGCACCCCAUUUGCUCUUAAGGAUGUGAUAGCUCCACGAUGAAAAGGCAUGCCAUAACCUGUGCAGGGUGUCCUCUUGGGCAGGAGCCAGUGGCAUGAGCUCGCCAUGCCUGAGGAGCAUGCAUGGCUGCAGUUCAGAGCUCACCCUCUGGCUGCAGGGAGCAGCGUGGCAGUUCUGCUGCUGGAUGCACUUAGAGUAUUGCAGCAGCUAAUCUCCGCACUUAGUCUUGUGCAGUGAUUGAGAAUCUAGUCAGCAAAGCUGUAAUUAUCCUCGAUCAUAUGUGCAGGCUGCAUAUUUUACCUGUCCCCACCCAUUACAUAGAAUGGCUCGUGUGAUACGUUUUACAUGUAAAGAUUCAAGAAGAAUCAACAGUUGAUGUCUUCAUAAAGAAAAAAAAACUUUUACUAGAAAAAUGAAGUAAAAAUGGUCUCCUGGCAUAAAGUGAUAUUUCCCCAAACUGAGCGGGUAUCUUUUUUUGUCUCUGUCAGACAUUUAAUUCCAAUUAGUAUUUUGAGGGUUUUAAG